AUGGCGGGCGCCGUGUCGGCGCUCUUCCUGCUGGACAUCAAGGGCCGCGUCCUCGUCUGGUGCGACUAUCGCGGCGAUGUCUCCGCGCUCCAGGCCGAGCGCUUCUUCACCAAGCUCCUCGACAAGGAGGACGACUCGGAAGUGCACUCGCCCGUGGUCUACGACGACGCCGGCGUCACGUACAUGUUCAUCCAGCACAACAAUGUCUUCCUCCUCACAGCCGCUCGCCAGAACUGCAACUUUGUCGUUGUGUAUGAGUUGCUUGAUGAGAUGAUGGAUUUUGGGUACCCACAAUACACGGAGGCCAAGAUCUUGAGUGGGUUCAUCAAGACAAAUGCAUACAGGAUGGAGGUCACGUAG